AUGAAUAAACCAGAAUUAUUGAUUGAAGUGUAUACGGAUGUGAUGUGUCCAUGGUGUUGGUGUGGUGAAACGCAAUUACAAAAAACACUUCAAAGUCAAGAAUUUGAAAAAGAGAUUGGAGCAUAUAUGAAACCAGUCGUUCAAUUGAAACCGUAUAUUCUUGAUACACGUUUACCGGCUACAAGCUUUGAUCCUCCUUCUGAACAAUAUGAUCCUAUCGAAUCAACGGAUUAUACAAAAGGUAAACCACCAACAAAGAGAGAAUAUUAUAGCAAAAAGUUUACCAGCUUAGAUGCAUUUGACGCAAAGAUUUCUGCAAGGGCAAAAGAGUUAGAUUUGCCUGCUUUCGUUUGGUUAAGUGAUGGUAAAGUAGGUGCAACUUGGUUGGUUCAUCGAUUGUUAUGGUAUGCACUUCAACAAGAACAAAGUGGUGGUGAAUCACAAACAGAUGGAAAAUAUCAACCUGGUAUUCAAGAACGACUUAUGCAACGUUUAUACAAAGCUUUUCAUGUUGAAAGUCAAGAUAUGAGCGAUGUGAACGUUUUGGCAAAUUUGGCAUGUGAGAUGAAAUUGUUUGAAGGUGAUGAAGAAAAAGCCAAACAAUGGCUUAAAAGUGAUCAAGGUGAAUAUGAAGUUGGAUUAGCACUGGAGAUUGGAGUGCGAAAUGGAAUUCAAAGUAUCCCGUUCACCAUUAUUCAAGAUGGAUCUGAUCAUUCAAGUCAAGUGUUGAAUCAUGUGAGUGUUCAGGCAGUGUUUAUGAUGACUUCCUAUACUGAUUCUUUCUUUGCACUUGCUUAG